AUGGCCAGCCACGACUCCUACUACGAUACAACGGGUUCCAUGAGGUCCGCGAGCGGCCAGCACCACAACACGCUCCAUCGGGCUCCGUCCCGGCAAUUCGAGACCUUCGCCGGUCAGACCGGCCUCUACACCGCCGAGGACCAUGCCGCCAGAUACGAUCACAACCGCGCUUACGAUACCACGCGUAUAGCUCCCACCGCGAUGACUUACGGAGGAUAUGAGGCAUCGGGCGCCCAGACCUGGAACCCGAGCAGCUUUGGAAAUGUCGGUACGCUGGGGGGGACGAUGGGUGGUGGUUCGGGAAGAAUAAAGGGCCCUUCGCGACAGAGGAGCGCGCUGCCGUCGAUGUGGACCGAAAGCCCUUCGGCUCUUCCGACCGUCAGCCCCCUGGCCGCGAUGGGUGGUGGGGUGUCUCUGGGUGCAUCGCCCAUGCGCCAAGAACCUGUCGGGUCAGACAUGGGGGAAGAGGAGUUGAUCCCGACCGCCAUCGUCAUCAAGAAUAUCCCGUUCGCCGUUAAGAAGGAGCAACUGGUUCAGUUGAUGACGGAGAUCAACCUACCGCUGCCGUACGCGUUCAACUAUCACUUCGAUAAUGGCGUGUUCCGCGGUCUUGCGUUCGCAAACUUCACCACCGCGGAGGAAACGGGAACCGUCAUCGACAUGUUGAACGGAUUCGAACUGCAGGGCAGGAAGCUUCGGGUGGAAUACAAGAAGAUGUUGCCCAUCCAGGAGAGAGAGAGGAUCGAGAGGGAGAAGAGGGAACGGAGGGGCCAACUGGAAGAGCAACACCGACCUGUCACGCAGCCACCGCCGUUGGCUACUUCUCCUUCGCCCAGCGCGUCGAGGUCCAAACCAGACGUAGACUUGAACGACCCCCAGACUCUUCAGUUCUAUUCGCAGCUGCUUCUCUUCCGCGACGACCACACACGCGAAGCGCUCAUCUUCCCCCCUACCCUGUCGCCUCAGCAGCGUCGUAUUGUGCACACCCUGGCACACCACAUGGGACUCGCGCACAUCUCGCGCGGAAGCGGCGAAGGCCGCCAAGUACAUGUUUUCCGCGCGCCCCAGGGGCAGACGCCGAACAUCAGCCCGCCAUCCAUCCCGACGGUUCACCCCGUCGAGAACCACCCGAGACGUGGACUGACCAGGGCCACCACCAUGGACUUUACCGAUACUCGGUCCGAGAGCGCCGCCAUGUUCUCUACAAUCGGGCGCCAAGCAUCGGCUCUUCUGGAUAUCCCAUCCUCCCCGUCCGGUCGGGAGAGCGCCGUUCAGAGCCGCCAGAACCUUCGCGCGGCCAAGUCGUUCGCCGACCUGCGGUCCUACACGCCCUCACCGGUGCCCUCUUCCGCCAGCUUUCCCGCGGCGUUGGGUAACAACAUCUCCCGGUACCAGCAGCAGGAUUACGGCGCCCACAGUGCCGCCAGCACCACACCCACUCUGACGCCCACUGCAACCGGCAACCACCAGGAGUCGCUGCUCGUCAACGGGCUGGCCGGUCGCGACCGAUCCCACGUCAUCCCGCAGAGACAGCCAAGAGGGCCAGAUUCCGAGCGGGGGGCAGGAUUUUCGUCAAGGAGUCGCCAGCACCACGGAGGACGAGGCGGCUCGGGAGGGGAAUUGGACGUCCAGAGUGGCGUUGAGAUUGUCGUGGAGUAA